UUUCUUGUAUUCUAAUAAAAAGAAACGUUUUCUCAACGUUAAUUUAGUGAUUACAAUUAUCGUGACUUAAUCAACUCAAAGAGUUACUUAUAAUUAUCAAAAUGCCCGAUGAAAAAUCAACUGAAUCAGAUUGUUAUCCCUUUUUUGUUUCCGGUAAAGGUAAAGGAUUUGGUCGAGGAUCAAGUGAACUCGGGAUUCCAACUGCAAAUAUUGAUCAUCAAAUUGUUAAAAAUAUUAACCUUCCAACUGGAAUCUACUUUGGUUGGUCACAAUUAACCCUGACAGAGGAUCAAUUCAAUCAAUUAACCAAAGAUCAACAAGAUAAACUAAAACCAAUUCUAAAUGACAAUGGAUCUAAUUUAGUUUCUCCAAUUUAUAUGAUGUCAACUGCUUUGGGUUAUAAUCCAUAUUAUGACAAUAAAGAGAAAGCAUUGGAAAUUCAUAUUCUAAAUAAAUUUGAUUGUGAUCUUUAUGGAGUAACAAUUAACUCGUUAAUUUGUGGUAAGAUUCGUGAUGAGAAAAACUAUGAUAAUUUGGAAUCUUUAAUUGAAGCAAUUAACAACGAUAUUAAAGAGACCAGGGAAAAAUUAUCUCUCGAUUGUUGGUUAACUGUUAAAUCAAAUGAUCAGUAUUUCAUUCAAUCCUAAUGAACAAUCAACUAAUCCAAGUACUUAAAAGGAAACACAAUUAAGUUAAUCGUAAACUUUUAAUCUAUCAGAUUAUCAAGUUUCUAAAUUCCAUUAACAUUUAUACUUAAAUUUGAGUGAAGAUUAUUUUCAACAAUUAAAUAGAAAUUAAUUUACUGUAAAUUUGAAUAAAUUUAAUUUUACAAAUUAAAUUGUUUCUUUUUCCUUGAUUGUAAACAAAAUUGAUUUAGGAAAAUCAGGAAGAAAUGAUUUACCAAUAUUCUGACAAAAAAUUGGAUCAACUUUGUAAUCUCUUUGUUUUUCUUACAAUAAAUAAUAAUCAGAUCCUUUUGUGAAUAAAUUUACAAUGAGACAAUUAAUAUAAUAAUCGAUGAUAAUUGUCAGUUGAAAAUGAUAUAAUCUAAUAUAGAUGAAGAAGAAAAAAAUUGAUGGCAUUGAUUAGUUAGUUGAUUGUUUCCCUCCCAUCCCCAGGAAUCAAUUGUUCCUUAAUCAGUAGCUACUCUGGAAAGAAAGUAAAUUGUGGCGAUAAUCACUGGUUCCCAAAUCCAAAUCAAGUGAUUGAUUAUAUAAAUUAGUAAAUUGUCAAUAUCCUUCAACGACAA